CAAUACCAGUAAUAUGAAACUACAAUGUGCAUCUUCAGAGGUAUAGUUCAGAAAUAUCACAUGUCAUGAUCUGCAUUAUGCCUAGAGCUCCUACAGAUGAAGAAGACACUAGAUCAUUGGAAGAAUGAAAUGUGAUGUUUUUAACUUCCUGCUUCCCACUUGUUCAUUUUCCCAUACACUUGUUUUAUUCUUCUUGAUCAUUUUGCCAUUGCAGUAAACAAUGAAAGUCACGGACAAUGGAAGGGUGAAAAACAACGUUUGUUCUGAGCUCUUAAAUCGCAUUACAUUCGACUUUAUGGGCAAACAUUGCUCCUCCCACAAGAAUGACGUACAACCAUUGGCUAUAUAUGGGUAUCAGUAAUCGAGGUAUAAAGGGUAGUCUCCAUAGAGAGAAAUAGAAACGCCUCAAACACUUUGUGCUUUCCUUGUGGGACUGGUAAUCUGGAAAUUAUCCAACGUUAUACUCGAUAUAACCAGUGUGGUCUCCACAAGCCAUGUCUACGAAAGUAAAGAUAAUUUCAGUUUUACUGUGCCUCGCCCUUACUGGCUUUGUCUAUAAGACCGCUAACAGAGAGACGGUUGUCAAGUUCAUACCGUUUUUCUUCCAUGCAAAGUUCACUCCAGACGACAUCUUAUCCCCGGGAAAUGGCAUUUUCUUUUUAGAGACCACAGACCGGAUGGACCCACCCUCCUUAGUGUUAUGUGCAGUUGAGUCGGCAGCCCGUAUUAACCCUGACAAGCCCGUGGCUUUCUUCAUGAAGGGGUUACCUGAUAUAAACUCAGCAGAAGAACACACCCAAGCACUGAACAGUUUCCCGACCCUUGCACCUUAUUACAAUAUCUACCUCUUCCCUCUGCGAAUGGAGACCUUGCUUAGCGAUACACCCCUUCUGCCUUGGUAUCAAAAGGUUAAUCCUGUGAAAGAAGUUCACUGGACCCACGUCAGCUCAGAUGCCUCCAGGUUGGCUCUGAUGUAUAAAUAUGGCGGCCUUUAUAUGGACACUGAUAUUAUAUCAUUACGGCCUGUUCCGGAGAAAAACUUCCUAGUUGCCGAGAGCUCUCAGAUCUCCAGCAAUGGGGUUUUUGGCUUUGACUCUCAUAGAGACUUCACUUGGACAUGCAUGGAAGACUUUGUCAAGAAUUAUAAUGGAGCAAUUUGGGGGCAUCAAGGACCAGCCCUCUUCACUAGAGUCCUUAAGCAAUUUUAUUGUGAUAUUCCUCCGUUCAAGGGCGACGAAGAUCUUAAGUGUGGAAACGUCUCGUUCUUAAACCCUCGACGAUUCUAUCCGAUAGAGUGUCGAUACUGGAUGAAGUUCUUUGAAGUAUGGAAAGCGGACCCACCUUUUAAUGAGUCUUACGCUUUGCAUCUCUUUAAUUACGCUAACCGUGGCGAGCGUAGGGUAAUGGUUCCAGGAAGCAACACGUUGGUGGAACAUCUCUAUAUGCGGAAUUGUCCUGCUACUUAUCAAGCUGUUUUGGAGAAAAGAAGUACCCACCUUACUAACGUGCCAUUAAUCUGAGCAAUAAUCUGAAAUAUACAGCAAGGCUGGCUCUUGUAUGUAAACUGCUGUACUGGUGUGAAGAGGCGUGGAUCUGCAUUUGUGUAUAGAAUGCUCGGGACCUGGGGUUUUCCAGAUAAGGGGUCUUCAUGUAAUUUGGAUCUCCAUAUUUUG